GCUAACUGCCGGUUGUUGACAGUAGUGAAGAAGCUCCAGGAGCGGAGAGUUACCGUAGCCGUGGGAGAAACCACUGCGUUACAAAGAGACGGGGGGACCAGAAAACCAAACGAACUGAAGAAGAGGGAGUUGCACAAAAAAUUUAGAAGUUUUGUCGAAUUUAAAAACCCACUAAUACAAAAAUGACAUUGCAUUAAAUCAGAUUUCCACAAAAUCCAACAGUUUAAAACGCUUAUUAGUAGCUAGAAUGAACCACUUUGGUUGUAAAAGGAUUCUCCGUCCUGUUAAAAAAAGUAAAAGAAUUGUAAAAUUUAAAAUAUAAAUUAACUAUUAUUUUAUUAAUGAAAAAAGAGUAACAAGAGAAUAGACAAGCUCUGUAAAUAAAGGCAGAAGCCCCUCUUCUAUUUUUCCAUAUAGACUUUCUUCCUUAUUAGCAGAAAAACAUCACAAAUGGGUAAUUUAUAUUUCAAUUACAAACAAAAUAAAUAAAAGUCUCCAGUUGUAGGCAUGGUCAACAAAAAUUGAUUAAAUAUAUAAAAAUGCUCCUUUGUAAAAAGCAAUCAACAAUAGGUGUCCCAAUAAUUUUUUUGGCAUGUGACUAAAAGGUGGGGUAGGCUGGUCUUGGAUUGGCUGGUGUUCUUGGCCACGCCUCCUGGUUUAUGAUAAGGACGGACCAGUAUAAAUUGUCAUAUUUCUGCUGUAGAAUACAGUGCUGCGACCUCCUCUGGUCCCUAUCAUUGCCACAGGUAGGUAGUAUCUACUUUGACUAUGUCAACUGUAAAAUGUUUAUAUGGUAGAAGCUGACAGUUUUCUAAAAAUAUUUACUUAAAACAAUUUUGCUGGUACAUUUUUAUCAUCAUUGAUGCUAGUUUCCUUAUGGUCUGAAUACUGAAAUCUGAAUACAUUACACUAUUCAUACAGAAUUAAUAUUUUUUUAUAUUUUGUCUCCAUUCUUUACAAAGGCAUGUAUUCCACCAGCAACAUCCACCUGGACGGCUGCACGGCAGAACAUCUAUCCUCUUUCCCGCUUGAUUUUGUAUCAACAAAUGUUGACACGUCUCACGCAUCUGUGACUUCUCGUAACGAUCAGAUCAAUAUCGGUACGAGUGACUAUUACUGCAGAGUGAAAACUGGUCCAGGACUCACAGACUGUCCUCCAGUGCUGCUGAAGUCAACCAGAGACGGCCCCUCAAAGGGACGUUCUUCUCUUGCUAACAGUUCCUUGGGGCAUCAGGCAAAGCGUGCCAGGGUUGAAAAUAUCAUCAGAGGCAUGAUCAGCUCUCCUGGUAUGUGUGACACAAGUGUCACCACAUAUCCAUAUGAGCCAGCAGGACAUGUGCGGGAAUAUGGAAAGACUCAAGACCUGCCUUCACAUCAGGAGCAUAUAGAAAGCAGCAGAUCUGUCAGUAAGAAUCACAGCCAGACAAGGAAGCAGCCUGAAAGUCAGCAGCAGCCUCUCCGGCAGCUCAGGACAAAGGUCGACCAUGAAGAAAGAGAAUCAUGUAAUUAUAGUAAAAAGGAAACAUACUCUUCCUGGAGCGCUUCUACUGGAAAUCCUACAGAAGAUUCUUUCACAGACUGGUCUGAAUUUGACAGCCAGAAAUAUCAGUGCUGGAAGAAGCUGAAGCUGAUGAAUUACUUCCAAUCCAGGCCGGAGAGAGUCAAGCUGCUGGCAGAUGUUUUGAAGUACGAACUGUCCAGAGCUGUCAACAGGAGUGUUGACUGUGUUUUUAAAAAUGUACCGCUACUUCAGACAUCGACAAUAACUGAGUGCAUCCAGACGGAUAAGCCGGCGUGCGGGGAUAAAAUAACAAGACUUUCAUGUUGUAGAAAUGCAAAAGUCCAAGUUCCUGGGAUUCAAACUGAAGCUUUGUCCUUGGUAGUAGAAAAACAGAGAUUAGAAACAUCCAGUCAUCUUCUCAUGCAGCCCAGAUCUGCAGCAGAGCAAUCUAAACCUCUGAAACGUUCAAGUCUGGACUCGACUCUGACCACCAAUCAGCUGUCGGAGAAAAGCCCUGACACAAAUCAACCCCUCAGAUGCUCUGAAGACGCCCCAGCAAAGUGUGACACCCUGGACGCACUCUGGACUUCAGUCAAAGUGAAGUCCAAGGUCAACUCUAAACAUGUGAGCAUCCCACAAAAUUGUACCAUGUCUGAGGAUGCGGAGCCGCCGGGAAGUCUGUGCCUUCCACGCAUCAAGAUUGAGUCUGAGAGCCUGAAGACCAACCUAUAUACAGAGGGUCUGACCACAAACCAUCUGAAGAAAGCCAAGCUCAUGUUCUUCUACACUCGCUACCCGAGCUCACUGGUACUAAGGAUGUGUUUUCCUGAUGUGCAGUUCACACGCUGCAUCACCUCCCAGCUCAUCAAGUGGUUCAGCAACUUCAGGGAGUUUUUCUACAUCCAGAUCGAGAAGUUCGCUCGACACGCGCUGGUGGAGGGAGCGGCCGACGUGAGAGAUCUGACUGUGGGGAGAGAAUCACAACUGUUCAGAGCACUCAACAUGCACUACAACAAAGCCAACGACUUCCAGGUCCCUGAGCGAUUCCUCGAGGUCACCGAGAUCACACUCAGAGAGUUUUACUUUGCCAUUUCAACGGGAAAAGAUCAGGAUCCCUCCUGGAAGAAGGCAAUUUACAAAGUCAUCUGUAAACUGGACGGCCAGCUACCAGCUGGAUUCAAUCGAGAUCACCGCAAGUAAAAGCCAAAGGGACGAUGGACUUCAACCAGUUUGGGAUUUGAACCAUUUUGUCUAACUGUCAAAUUAGACAAAAAUAAAUAUCUGCACGUCUGCAGUGUUUUCUUAUCUGGCAGACUGUCUUUGACACAGUUUGACAUAUGUAUUUUGCAUAUCAACCACAUAAUAUAGCAAAACACAUAGGCAUAAUACGACAGAAACAGCACAACAGAAUUAAGUACUGCACACAACAAGUAACAAUAUCUUUAAUAAUGUUCACGGUGAUCGUAUAUACAGGGUGUGAAGCAAACAACAUUUCAUAGAAAUGAAGAUCGAUCAUCAGUCUUUACAAUACCAAUACAUGUCCCUUCUAUACUCACCAGUGGAUCCACUUGUACAUCUUCCAUCUCCUCCAGUAGUUCACUCUCCAUGGACACAGCUGGGAUGUCGGUGUCUUCGUCAGCCAUGUUUUGACUUGUUAAAAUGGUUGCUCAAAUCUUCAUUGUUGGAUUUCCCAGUACAACAUUUCCCUCUUCUGUCUUUUUCUCAAAAUCCUGGCUUGCCU